AUGGCAGCUGAGACUGGGAGAUACAGGAGUGCAGUUAGCAAAAACAAAGACCCCUCUGGUCUUCUUAUCUCUGUCAUAAGGACUUUGUCCAGCAGUGACGAUGUGCAGGACAGGGAGACGGAGAAGGGUCGUCUGGAGGAAGCCUUUGAGACGUGCGACAGGGAUUUAGAUGAGCUGAUUGUUCAGCAUUAUGCCGAACUCACCACCGCCAUCAGGACUUACCAGAGCAUCACCGAGCGCAUCACCAGCUCCCGCAACAAGAUCAAACAGGUGAAGGAGAACCUCCUGUCUUGUAAGAUGCUGCUCCACUGCAAACGGGACGAGCUGAGGAAGCUGUGGAUAGAGGGCAUCGAGCACAAGCACGUCCUCCAGCUGCUGGAUGAAAUCGAGAGCAUCAAGCAGGUGCCUCAGCGGCUGGUGGCCUACAUGGCCAGCAAGCACUACCUUCAUGCCACAGAUAUGCUGGUGUCAGCCGUGGAGUCCUUGGAAGGCCCCCUGCUGCAGGUGGAAGGGCUUGGAGAUCUGCGCCUGGAGCUACACAGCAAGAAGCUCAACAUCCACCUCGUGCUCAUUGAUGAGCUGCACCGACACCUCUACAUCAAGUCCACAAGUCGCCUCGGACACAAGAACAAGGACAAAAACGCUGCUCGCCUGCCAGGUUCCACGGCCAAAGACGCAUCUCCGAUCGCCGUGUUGGACGUCAGCAGCCUGUCCACCCCACGCAAGCUUCUGGAUUCAACACAGUUCAGCACGCCCGGAUCCAGCAGUGUGCGUGAGCUGCAGCAGGACAUGCGGGAGUUGAACCAAGCGGACCUCCCUGAGGUGGAUCCAGAGGAGAACAGUGCUGAGUUCAUGGGCAUCCUCAUCAAGGCUCUGGCCAAGUUGAAGAAAAUCCCCGAGGCCAUCAAAGCCAUAAUGGAGCGGCUGGAACCCGAGCUGAAACAGAUCGUCAAGAGGUCCACCACUCAGAUAGCUGACCAUGCUUACCAGAGAGGAGAGAACCUGGCCCAGGAGAGCCAGCCAAGGCUGCUGCUGGAUCUGCUGGAGCUGUUGUUUGACAAGUUCAAGGCAGUGGCCCAGGCGCACAGCGUGGUGCUGGCCCACCUGCAGCGGAUCGCGGUGCAGUGCCCGCGCGGGCCCCACGAGGAGGGCAUCAAGCUGUACGAGCAGGCCGACGUCUCUGCCAAGAUCCAGACCGUGCUGCAGGUUCUGCUCAUGGAGUAUCUGGACGUGAAGAACAGCCGCAGUGCCACGGAGCCAUCUGCUCAACUCUCCUACGCCAGCACUGGCAGUGAGUUCGCCGCCUUUUUUGCGAAGAAAAAACCACAGCGCGCGAAGCAGUCGCUCUUCAAGUUUGAAUCGUCUUCCCAUGCCAUCAGCAUGAGUGCCUACUUGAGAGAGCAGAGACGAGAACUCUACAGCAAGAGUGGAGAAUUACAAGGCGGUGCUGAUGACAACCUGAUUGAAGGGGGAGAAAUGAAGUUUGUGUGCAAACCGGGAGCGAGGAACAUCACCGUCAUCUUCCAGCCGCUUCUCAGGUUCAUCCAGGAGAUAGAGAUGAACAUGGGGCCGGGUCAGGCCAAGCAGUGCCAACUCCGAGCCUUCCUAACUUACUACAUCAACGACCUCUUCCUCAACCAGGUGCGAACAGAGAUCAACAAGGAAAUUAUGGCAGUGAGCAAGGCAGCUGACCCUUUGAAGAUCCUUGCCAACGCUGACACCAUGAAGGUUCUGGGCGUCCAGAGACCGCUGCUGCAGAGCACGGUGGUAGUGGAGAAGUCCAUCCAGGAUCUGAUGAGCCUGAUGCAGGACCUGAGCGCCUACUCCAACCAGUUCCUGGAGAUGGUUUGCGACAAGCUCAAAGAGUACAAGGAAAUCUGCAACAUGGCUUACAGGGGUGUAGUCCAGUGUGAGGAGAAACUCACCAUCAGCGCCUCCUGGUCCAAAGAUGAGGACAUCAGUCGUCUGCUCCAGUCGCUCCCUAACUGGGCAAAUAUGACCCAACCCAGACAGACGCGACAGAAGAGAGAGGAUGAAGAGGACUUUACUCGGGCGGCUUUUGCUAAGGAGUCGGAGGUGCUGACCGGGAACCUUGGAGACAAGUUAAUCCCCCAGAAUGAGAUCCUGCGGGACGUCAGUGACCUGAAGGCUCUGGCCAACCUUCACGAGAGCAUGGAGUGGCUCGCCAGUCGCCUCAAGACCUUCUUCACCAACCUACCUCAUGCCUCCAGUGUGUCUCCAUGCUCAGCGGACAGCCAGGUGGUCGGUGAGAGCGAACGGAGCAGAGAGCAGAUUCUCCAGACCCUGAGUGACCUGUCGAGGGGGUUCCAGGAUAUUGCAGACCGCUGUCUCCUGGUAUUGCACCUGGAGGUCAGGGUGCAUUGUUUCCAUUACCUCAUCCCCCUGGCUAAGCAAGGCAAUUACGCCAUCGUGGCUAAUGUGGAGAGCAUGGACUACGACCCGCUGGUGGUGAAACUGAACAAGGACAUCUCAGCCAUAGAGGAGGCCAUGGGGGCCGGCCUGCAGCAGCACAAGUUCCAGUACAUCUUUGAAGGUCUGGGUCAUCUGAUCUCCUGUAUUCUCAUCAACGGGGCCCAGUACUUCAAGAGGAUCAGCGAGUCUGGCAUCAAGAAGAUGUGCAGGAACAUCUUUGUCCUCCAACAGAACCUCACCAACAUCACCAUGUCCAGGGAGGCUGACCUCGACUUUGCCAGGCAGUACUACGAGAUGCUGUACAACACCGCAGACGAGCUGCUGAAUCUGGUGGUGGACCAGGGUGUUCGCUACACGGAGCUGGAGUACAUCAAUGCCCUGUCCUUACUCCACCGCAGCCAGACCGGCGUCGGGGACCUGAGCACCCAAAACAUCCGGCUGCAGAGGCUGAAGGAGAUCAUCUGUGAGCAGGCCGCCAUCAAACAGGCCACCAAAGACAAGAAGAUCACUACGGUGUGAACAGGACAGGGUCCGGGGGGGGGGGGGGGGUGAUGGCCCAUCAAGAAACCUCUGUCCUAAAAAGAAUGUGUUUCCGCUCCUUCGGUUCUGUCGGGUGAGAACACAUGCAACAGAUAAUUGGGUCAUGUAUGCAAAAGUAAUGAAUGGUGGGUGAUAUUUAGGAAUUGGGUUAGAAAACACUGAAAUAGAGGCUUGCUCUAUACCUAGAUCAUGUGUGUCAUAUAUAUAUAUAUAUAUAUA